CCUUUAACUGAGGAGCAAGCCUGGGCUGUCUGCUUUCAAUGUUGCUGUAGAAUGGAGCAGUUGGCUCAAGGGCAGUGCCCACCACUCCAUUCUGUAUUCAUAAAUGGUCCUGAAAGCAUCUUUAUCCAUGCUGAUGGUACUGCUUCUUUCAUGGUGUACCAUGAGUCCGAUGUUGGCAGCAUUCAGCAGUCAGAGGACAAGCUGUUGGAGUACUUAGGAAUGGUGAUCUAUGAAGCCCUGGACUGGGGAAUCAACGACCAAGUGGAGCGAGAACUGAGUGAUCCUUUGGAGAAACUGCUGUGCCUCAUGUUGAAAUUGGAUGGUGGGGCAAUGAAACCAGCAGUCACCCUGCAGGGUGUUAUCAAGGCCUGUGAGGAGCACUUGUCCAGGUCUUCUGAGGCUACCAGCCAUUACCAAAUUACCUGUAGGAGACUGUUUACUGGAUAUAUGGAACUUAAGAAGCUUAUAACUGUCAUCCAGACCUCCAAAGAGAGUCUGAGAAAAAUGGAUGUGGAAGGUGUGGUAGAAAAGUCCUUUCAGAAGAAGGACAAACACUGGGCAUCCCUGUGGCCCAGUGUUGUGCGUGAGCUGCAGAGUGGUGUGAAGCUGCGCAAAGCCACUGAGCGACCACAGCAUCACUUGCCUCCAGCAGAACGUGUCCGUUCUCCAUAUGAAUUACUUUUAGAUGAUAUUCAGUGCAAGAGGUACAUCCUUCGGAAGGUGAUCAUCGAGCAGAAACACAGGACCCCCAAAGCUGAUGUAACUGCCCCCAAGCCUCAUCUGAAGCCUGUGCUGGAGAGGAAGCUGAAAGAGCAUGUGCCACAGGAGUCCAGCUGGCAUGAACAGCUGACUGCGGAAGUAAAACAACCGCAGAAACUUCGAUCAUCAGCAGCAAGGGAAAAUGGAAGCAGGCCCAAAGAAAUGCUUGUGACACCAAAUACUGCCUUGAAAUCUCCAAGUAAUAGUUUCCUAACUCCCCAAGAUGACAGUACUGAGUUUAAAAUUGUCAACACUGCAAGACAGCAGCUGCGACCAGGAGUUCAGGAAACCACUCUGAAGCUGUCCUCCAGCUCCUGGCUUGCCUCAGGUAGGUCAGCAGUAGAAUCCAGCAACAGUGCAGGUCUUGCUGCAAGUUGUGCAGGUCCUCCUGUGAGUGCACCCACACUAGGAGACAUUAAACCUAACGGCUUCCUGAAUGCUGGCCAAAUGCAUUGGCCUUACAGAGGAAGGUCCAAGUCUUUAGAGAGAGGCCUUCAAAGCAAGGAACUUGACUGUCCCUUUCCUACAAAGUGGCCAACACCAACCAUUGCUGAGCUGAUUGGAACCAGAUAUGCAAUGAUGGUGCUGGAAGGGCAAGGCUUCUUCCAAGGAGGUAGUGAUGGUGUCUUUCGAAGAGCAAAGAUCUGUUUCAGCUGCCAUAAGCAGAUGUUCCUUAAGUGGCCUUACAGCUGUUACCUCUGCAGCAGUGUUGUCUGCUGUGACUGCUGCAUCAAGAUGUCCAUGCCCUUCAGAACAUGUGUACAUCUCCCACUUCACUUUCUGAAAAUUCUGAGACUCUCCAGAGAGGAGGACCCAGCUACUCAAGAGCAGAAGAGCAUAGAGUUGCUGCAUGAAAUAGAGCAGCGGGAGUAUUUUGGUGUACCUGUUAUUUUGGAACCUCGUUGCCUAGCACAGCCUCUGUGCUGUUACACAGGGACCAUGGCAGGCUGGCUGACUGCAGACAUCUGUAGACAAUGUGAGCAGUAUCUGUUGAACAUGGCUUCCAGUCAACAGCAGAGCAUCCCUCUCAGGAGAACUUCCUGGCCUUGAACCAAAUUGGAAUGAGUCUGCUAUACACUUCUCCCGUCACUUGUUCUGUACCUGAAGUAAAUGAAACAGCAUUGUGCACCUACAGACAUAAAGGCCUGAAUACAAGACCUCCCUGCUGGUUAGUCUAAGCGGGAAGCACAGUUGGUAUUUAUAUAUUGUGAAGUAUUACAAAGCUUUGUGGCUUUUAGAACUGUU